GUUCACAGCAGCUUCUGGUACAGGUUUUCCACGUGAACUUCGUUUUUCUUGAUUUUUUGGCAAAAGUCGGCCUUAAAAUGGUGGUGUUCACUUGUAACCAUUGCGGGGAAUCGCUGCAUAAGCCCAAAGUGGAAAAACACUAUCAGUUUCAAUGCAGGAACUACAAAUCGAUGACUUGUGUGGACUGUUUCAAAGACUUCAAAAAUGAGGAAUAUUCCGUGCAUACCAAGUGUAUCACAGAAGAUGAACGGUAUGCAGCCAAAGGCACUUACAAGAAUGGCAUUGUUAAGAAAGGGGAAGUCAAGCAGGAAAGCUGGCUCGACAUGAUUAGAUCGAUAUGUGAAACGGAGAAAAACCUGAAACCAUCAAUAAAGCACUUAUUGGAAACUAUAUCAGAAUACACAAAUGUUCCCAGGAAGAAGCAAAAGUUCAUGAAUUUUAUCAAGAGCUCAUCGGGCAAUCGAGUGAGUAUGCAAGAAGUGGAACAAAUCUGGGACAUAAUAGAAAAGCAUAAAAAUGCCAGCACUGCUCAACCAAAAGAGCAACCUCAGCAAGAGACACUCAAUAAUAAGCGAAGCUCGGAAAACGAAGACCCUCCGAGCAAGAAACAGAAAAAGAAUGGAAAUUCUGCGCCUGAAGAAAGCCAGCAGACAGUGAAUGAGCCGGACUCAGGCAAGCCAAAGUUUGACUACGCACUGAAAAUCCUCGAAAUAUUGCAGGAAAAGCAAAGUAUAUCUCAUAAAAAGCUACAGAAGAAGAUAUUGAAAGCAUAUCGGGGUGCAACAGGACAAAGCGACUGUGAGGAAAAGGUAAUUAAAAAACUCAAUAGGAAAUUGAAAAAAAUUCCUAAUGUUGUAAUUGAACAAGAUACAGUAUCGUUACUCAGCUAAAUCACAAAUACACAAGAGUGUAAGAAG